AUGAUGCAUAUGAAGUGGAUUGGAGAUAGUGAUGAUGAAACAGUGGAAGUUAUUAAUGGGUUUCAGGUUCCUUCUUCACAGGUCAAACAGGUAAGGCGAAUAUUUGAAAAACACCCAUCCACUGCAUCAGAUUUCCGUCCAAAAAGUCAACAGCUGAAGAAAGCUUACAUUGAUAUUCUCCUUGAUCUUAUUGGUACGUUGUGUCGUUGGCCUCAUGAGCUAACUGAUGAGGACCUAGACGAAGCACACAACUCGAUUUCUGACCUGGAAGAUGUUGGGUUUAAGUUAUACUGGCUCAAGAUGAAGCUUUGGAAGGUUUACGUGAAGAAGAAGCAAGAGAAAGAAAGUAGCGUUCGGAUCAGAAAACUCCAAGAAGAGGUGGAGAAGCAGAAACUGGUGUUGCUCUACUUUGAGAACGAACUUAAGAUUGAGAAGGACGUGAUUGCGGAUACUCGUGCUCCACUUUAUUUCAGCGAUGUUGUUUGA